UCUUGUUUAUCGACAAUGUAUAGUUGAUGUUUUAUUCUUCCGAUUACACUGAUGGCUUUUGCAGCAUUACUUCCAUGGUUGUCUGUCUUGUGCAGUUUUUAUUCCAACGGUGCCCAGGCUAGACAAUGGUUUGUUUCAAAGCUUGAUGGGACCAAAUCCAGUAGCUGCGGGUUUUUCGCAUCCUCCCCGUGUAAAACCAUACGGCAAGCUACUUCGCGUGUGAUGAAUGGUGACAUCAUCAACAUAGAUGGUGUAGGAUCGUCACGUGACCCUUAUGUGUGCGAGAGCGGAACAAAAUCCCCUCUACCUAGCCUAACUAUGCGAAGCUAUAAUACGACAGCAUUCAUCUCUUGCAAGAGAGGCGGCUUUCGAUUUAUGUGCAACCCAAGAGCGGACGCUUCUCGAGAAGUUUCUUUGAAAGAUAUUACCUUCACUAACACUUCGCUACAUGUUGUCAGCUGUUCUGUUAAGGUCUCCGAUUGCUCCUUUAUAAACAGUUCUGUUCUCGCGCUAUCCACGAGUUUCACUGGAGAUUCAAUAAUAACUGUUCAAAUCAAUGGAUGUAAUUUUCGAGGAAACAACAUAACUAGUUUGGCGAUUGACGGAGGUUCCAUGAAUUUGUACAUUUUCAAUACCACGUUUGCUUUCAACAAAUUACACGGUGUAGAGGGCGCCUUACUUGCUCUGUUCACUAAAAAAUUACAAGAGUCAAAUAGUAGGAUCACAAUUGAUUUCACCAACACAACAGUUACACAAAACGUCUGUCCUGGACGAGCAUGCUUUGAAUUUGUCGCUGGGAUGGAUGGAGCUGAAAUAGCUUUAAAGAUGGAGAAAGGAAUGCUUGAGAGCAAUGUGAUUGCAAAUGGCGAAGGAAGCGUUGUGGACGUUCAUGGCUUUGCAAACGCUAAAGUUGAAUUGAAAUCGAUGCAUUUCCAGAGAAAUAGAGGUAGAGCCGUUGAAAUUUACAGCGGUAAUUCACUUGAACUUAAAAUCGCAAAAUCCGAGUUUUCUUAUCACAAAAUAUACCAAUGGGACGGAGGGGCGGUCCUCGUCAGCAAUUUUACGAAGAAAGCUUCUGCUUCCGUGGUCAGAUCAAAAUUUCGUUCGAAUUUUGCAAGAAAUGGAGGAGCAUGCGCUUUCGUCAACAUAUUUUCUCUGGUACUGGAUAUAGAGAACAGUCAAUUUAUGCAAAACGAAGCGUUGAUUUCAGGUGGUGCUUUAAUUGUGGGUAACCAUAACAGAACGCUUGAAAAGUCUGCUAUCGAUGUCCGUAGUUCAAAAUUUAUUCGAAACGCAGUUGCCAUGGUAAAUAUUUCCACAAGUAUUCCAAUUACAAACUCUUCACUACAAACACGUGACAGUGGUGCCCAUUCAUACUACAGGUAUGCAAAAAAGGGCGGAGGGGGGGCCUUAUCUAUUUACGUGUCACAAGUGAUGAGGUUAUCAUUGGCGGACAGCAUUUUUGCGGAUAAUCAUGCACAAGCAAUGAAUUCUGGAGCUGUUCGAGCUCUGCUCAGUACACUCUACCAAGAUAUCGAGAUCGUAAACUGUGAAUUUCUGCGCAAUUCGGGAGGUUUAGAGUCUGGUACUUUUCAACUGAUCGUCAAGACACCGUUACCCCUGUUUCGUGCAAUAUUAAAAAACCUGACGUUUGUCAACAACGGUGGUAACAGUAUUUAUGACAUUUAUCUUUCUCAAAAUCGCCUCUCGAUGCAGUCUUGUAAAAUGCAAAGAAAUUCUGGCGGUGGAAUAUUCAUAGGGACAUCUUCAAAGGUUCUAUUUAUCCAUAUGGAGAAUACCCUGCUAAGUGACAAUAUCAACUUCGGAUGCAACUUUUAUAAGGAUGAUUUCAAAAAUCGAUCGGUGUACAAAUUUAAAAACGUUUCGUUUGUAAACAAUACCUGCAACACGAAGGAUUCAAUUCUUCGGAUUUACAUGCAUAGAAAUCAAAGUUUCUUUGGCUUGCAGCGAAGCAGAUUCGUCGAUAAUUUCUGCAAAUCUGGAGUGGUGAAAGUUUCAGUGAACUCUGGCUUGAGGUCUAAUCAUACUAAGGUAAUCAUCAACAACACUGAAUUCCGCAAUAAUUCUGGGUUUGCCGAGAGCACCUUCACAAUACGUGGUAUGAACGAGAUAAUAAUCCAAAAUAGUGUUUUUAACACCAACUUUGGUGCCACAGAUGGUUCUCAUGUCCGAGUACAAAUGCGGUCGAGUAAAUUAACAAUCAACAAAGUAACUUUCCAUCAGUCUAAUACGGAAAGAAAACAACCAUUUCAUGGUUUUUUUACAGCAACAAGCUUUGGAAGCAUUUACAUCAAUGAGACCUCAUUUAUUUCGGACCUUUUUAGCGUCGGCAGUGUGCCCCUUAUUCUUGUUAAAGGUGCGCGCGAGGUAGUGAUGGAUGAUUCCGUUUCAAUCAAAGCUCCAUUGAGCACCAAGCUUAAGAUGGAUAAUUUCACACACUUGGAAAUGGGAGAGAACAUUGGCUCAUCGAGGAUAACCUCAUUCGCAUUUAGCACCGAGCCGUGCCCCAUGCGAUCAUACAGCAUACAUCGUGGCAGCGGCAAGGGCUUUACUCUUGAGGACAACAUCACGUGCUAUACCUGUCCAAAUGGGGGCGACUGUUCAUCUUCUCUUGCUGCACGACCCAACUUUUGGGGCUAUCCUAUCGGGGACAAGGUUUAUUUUAAGCUAUGCCCGGAAGGUUACUGCUGUCCAACUGUCAGUCAAACGUGCCCUUAUCACCAUGAUAGCUAUUUACAUUCUGGUUGUCAAGGAAACCGGACUGGGAUCCUUUGCGGACAAUGUAAAAAGGAUUUUAGUGAUGGUCUGUUCACGACACAAUGUCAUCCGGUCAGAGAAUGUAAUCAGGGCUGGUUGUUCUCCAUUCUCAUGAUAGUGGGAACAUUGUUUGCUUUGUAUCUCAUCACAAAACCUCCAUUGUGUGAAAGAUUAAUGACAAAUCUCACUUGGUUUCUUCCGAACCAUAAACAAGAUGAUUACAACACCUUGAACGAUGUCAAAAAACCUCAGACCUACUCCAAAGACGCAUUCUUGAAAAGCCUAUUUUAUUUCUAUCAAGUUGCUGGAGUCUUAACCGCUUCGUCUUAUGGUGUGCCUCAUCUGUUAAAAGAUAAAAUUGUUUUACCAAUCACAACCCUAUUGAAUUUCCAGAUUUCUGUCAACAAUGGCUGGAAGAUCUGUCCUCUAACGGGUAUCACACCGCUAUCAAAAACUCUCUUCCAGCUCGCUUUUUUGACAGCCAUAUUCAUCUCGAUUCCAGUGAUGUACCUUCUUCACAGCGGUUUGAACAAACUACGCAGGCGCAGCCCAGCCCUUCCACCAGGUGGUCCUUACCUAGGAGCGGCCCUUGAGAUGUUUUUGCUUGGUUACUCAGCGCUGACCGUGACCGCCAAAAAUCUGCUGUACUGUGUACCAAUACAGCACGUGUCUCGUUGGUAUUACGACGCACAAUUCACGUGCUAUCAGUGGUGGCAAAGUGCUUCUUUAAUAAUAAUCGCCCUGUACUUGUUCCCGUCUAUAUUUUCAUUGUAUUUUUCUACGUUUCGACUGUAUCAGGGGAAAAUCUCAGCGAAGAUGUUCCUAUUGGCAUGCGUAUGCCCCUUUCCGUACCUACUCUAUAUUUUCAUCUUGCAUGUUAAGAAAGUAACUACACAAAAGUACGGCUGUCAAGAAAUGACACCCAAAACCAACACCACUCUUUGUGGAGAGGAAGACACUCAUUUUCCCAGUCGGACGGAAAAAUCUCUUAUUGAAGUCCUCUGUGGUCCAUUUUCCAAGCCACAAAACUACCAAUCAGCUGGUAGUAUUUACUGGGAGAGCAUUCUUAUCGGCCGUCGAUUUGUCAUCAUCUUAAUUAGCUUGUUUCUGGAGCAUGCGUUCUUGCGGUCUGUGUGCCUGACAAUCAUUUGCCUCACGUUCUUGCUGCAUCACCUUUACAAGAAACCCUUCGCGCACUUUAGCGCCAACGUCGUUGAGGCCAUUUCGCUCGCAACAUUAGUGGUUAUAGCAAUACUGAACGUCGGUGUGGCAUCAUAUUUCUCCGUGGGAAGCGAAGUUGGCGGUGUCAAUCAGAAGUAUAUCACUUAUUUUCUCUUGAUAGAAGCAAUUUUGCUGGGAAUUGUGCCUCUCUUAUUUGCAGUGUUUGUCUCCUUGUCCCUUGUUUUGCAGCUUGUGAGGGUAGUGAUCAUUCUAAUCCAAACCGUUCUUACGAGAUGGCCCUUUGUGAGACCAAGAUACAAUACGCAGUUGUCACUGGGAAAUCAAAGACAACCUUUACUUCCUACUAACACAUUAUAGUUUUAAGAUAAUUUAACGAGGCCAAAAAUUGGUGAAAAUUGCCGACUUUAAAUCUUUUAUCGACGGUCUGAUUUCUGAAUUCCUCACUGAAAGCAGAAUUAUGUCUCAUAAACCAAACAAUUUUCAUCUUUGCAAGCGAAAAGUGUAUGUGAUGAUUAACCGCGUUUUAGAAACCUAAACGUCAAAAACAUUAUCUUCAAAUGUGCUCAAACACUCGCCAGUGAACGAGGCCAUUUGAAAAACAACUUAGUAACCUGGCCAUGUUUGUAAAAACUACAACGCGUGCAUACAAAAAGUUCCGCGUUGGUUGUGCGAAAAACUCAAUCCCAGUGUAGCACGGUAUUAUGAACUUCUGAAUUGUUCAGAGAGAUCGCCAAUGUGGCCAUUUGAAAAAACGUUUUCUGAAAGAUGCGGUCUUUGGAAUCUCAAAAUUUGCACAGGGUCAAAAGUUCUAGAAUACACUUUAACGGCAGAGAAAAUUUUUUAAGUAUAUACAGCACCGAAACCGAAAAAAAAAAAGUUAACUUGUCAAUGUACCAAAAAGUGGUAGAAAAUUGUUGACGCGUGAUUUUGUCUCUUCGGCUGAUUGGAUGUGAAUAGUACUUGCCUAUCAUAUCCGAACCAGUUAAUCAGCGAGCGUGAAAAGCACUAUUUACGUGUGGUAUGUGCUAAAAACUUAUAGUUCCUGGAGAGUAUCCUUCCUGUAAUACACAAUUUCUAUUCAGGUAGCAGAGUGACAAGAAGUCUUUUCAGUGAGGUUUCCCUAUAAAUGAUAAGUAAAUUACCAAAAAGAAAUGCUUUUAAUUGUGCUAAACCCUGCACUAAAAUGUGGUCGCACGGAGAAACGUUACCAGAGCAAAGAAUACCUGAACCUCAACUCGACCAUUUCGAAAGAAUGCCGAAAUAUGUUUAAACUUUUUCUGCCUUGUCGUCCACUUAUGAAAAAAGACUUGCUCUUGUUUUAUCGUUUUCGAGUGGAGUAAAUAACAAAACACUCAAACGAAAAAAAAAAAAACCCUGGGAAUAAAAAAAGGCACUUGAACAGUUUCGGCAACUUUCGGGAC